UAAUUCCGCUCUCGUCCACAAACAUUUUAGGCAGCCUGCCCCUACAAAAUCUUGGUCUCUCCUACCUCAACAAAGAGUCGCCUUAUAUUAAGAAGAAAAAAAAGAGAAGCAAGCAAUAAAAGAACACCUCUCCAUAGAUCUUCUCCGUUGUAAGACGAGAGCUCAUCAGUAUGGAGAAGGUGAACUCGACGGCGAGGCUAGCCGUGGUGGCGGUAACGCUGUGCCUGCUGCUGUUGGCGGGGCCCCAGGAAGCCGAGGCCGCGGAGUGGAUCACGUACCCGAGCAAGAUGAUCAGCUGCAAGGUGCUCGGCAACUGCGAGAAGAACGCCGGCACCCCCGACGCCACCCGCCCGGGGGCCGUGGCCAACCGUUACACCCGCGGCUGUAGCGCCAUCGAGAGGUGCCGCGGCUGAGCGGUCGAGAUCGAUCGAGACGGGCGAGUCCGAUCCGCUGGCGAUUCUCUCUGCCAUCGUCGCGUGCUUCACCGUGGCAUUUUGCCGUCCAUCCAUCCGGUCGGAUGCGGACUUGCGUCUUGAUUUUGUACAUUGUGUUGCACUGCACUGCGCAUAUGUACGGUACCUCUUGAAUCUCUGAUGUGGAGUAUUAAGUGGAUGUGAUCUGUAUAUACACGCGGUGCCUACAAUGAUUC